GGCAGCUAAAAACUUCCUUAUCAACGGCUGCAGAUCAAAUUCUCGACCGCCGCGCGCCGCGCUGAGCCGUCCAUUCCGCUGGUGCUGUUCGGAGAUGCUGCCGCUGGUGCGCCCCGGCCGCGCCGCCCCUCUCCUCCGCCGCCUCCGCCGCCGCCUCCUCCUCCUCUCGUCGCCCCAAACCCCGUCGCCUUCCUCCUCUCCGUACAGCGUCAGCAGCAGCAAAGUCUCGCCUCUCCUCCUCCUCCUCUCGGCUCGCCCCUCGCCGUCCCGCGCCGGCGAUCGCGGCGCCUGGCGAGGAGUGAGCUCGUGCGGCGCCACCCGCGCGGUCGACGUCGGGGACGAGGCGGCGUCGUCGUCGGGCUCCCCCGCGGCCGCCGGCUCCGACCUCUCCUCGCCCUACCUCUCCGUCCGCAUCCGCUGCCGCAAGGAGGACGCUGAAGUGCUCUCUGAGUCCCUCUUGUGCUUUGGUGCUACCUCCGUCACCGUGGAUGACAUUGCCGCUGCCGGAAAUCUCGAUGAGAUCACCAUUACCUCCAUUUUUGCUCAUGGGGAAGAUGUGGGCUCGUGCGUAUCGAGUGCUGCAAGCUCAGCUGGAUUGGAGUACAAUCCGGUGUAUGAAAGCUCUGUAGGAAAGCAAUGUGAUUGGGUGACGGUUGUGCAGGAAACCUACGAGUCCACAAAAGUCAUUGAUGGUCUUUGGGUAAUUCCUAAAUGGAGAACUCCCCCAGAUCCACAGGCUAUCAAUAUAAUCAUCAAUCCAGGUCUGGCUUUUGGGACUGGGGAGCAUCCCACAACUAAACUGUGCCUUCUGCUUCUACGGGAAACAGUUAAAGGGGGUGAACGUUUCUUGGACUAUGGAACAGGCACCGGAGUUUUGGGAAUUGCAGCUCUGAAGAUGGGUGCGGCACUGUCCAAUGGGAUAGACAUAGACCCUCAAGCUGUAACCUCUGCUUGUGAAAAUAUGAUGUUGAAUGGUAUAGAUUCCAACAAAAUGCUUGUUUACUUGGUACCAACUAAUGCUCAGUCUGCAUGCUUUCCAAGUAAUAUUGACAAAUCAGAAGAGAACAGGCCCACUGGUAACCUUGAGUUGAAGUCGUCAAAAGGAUCAUAUGACAUUGUUGCCGCAAAUAUACUCCUGAAUCCCCUGCUGGAGCUGGUUGAGGACAUUGUUGGUUAUGCAAAAUCUGGUGGAAUAGUUGCUGUCUCAGGGAUAUUAAGUGAACAGGUGCCGAAAGUUGAAGAAGCUUACUCCAGAUACUUGGAGAACAUCUCAGUGUCAGAAAUUGAUGGAUGGGCCUGCCUUCGGGGAAACAGGAGAGCAUAGGGGUGCAAUUAUUUUUCCCAUUUCAGAAGCAGAUUGACCAUACUUCUGACAUUCAAGAGAAAUUUUCCGCUUAAUAGACAGUUUCGCUUAACUUCUUGACACAAUUUGGUGACAGUACUUGAAUAUUUAUAUUUAUGUGCUAUUUUGGACUAAGAUCUCUUCAUUGUACCCUGGCCCAAUGCAUGACUCUAAAUAACAGUUGCAAUUUUAAUCUUGAUA